AUGGAAUUGCACGGUGUCGGCCCACUGCGGGCCGCGGCAGGUCGCUUCCCUGGGCGGCCGCUGAGGGCGUGCGGCCUGGGCGCUGGGUGUCUGGCCUCGGCGCCGGCUGCUCCGCCGCCGCCGGCGCAGUCUGGUUCGCCGGGCCGCCAGGUACCGCUGCGCCGCCCCGGCCCGCGCCCCGCCCACCACACUCGCACGCACACACCUGCGGAGGCCUCAGAAACCCGACACCUCGCGCCGGGCCAAACCGCCACCUCCUCCUCGCGUGAGCCGUGCGCGCCUCUGACGGUCGCCUUGACGAGCGGCGCGGCGCCACCAAAUCUUGAUUGCCGCGCGCCGCGGUCGCCGGCCAGAACCAAGAGCGGCGGUUGCCUCGCGCGAGGCACGUCCCGCGGCGGAGAAGUUAUGAAGCAAAAGCAUCUGUUACCAAGUGUUUCCGUACCUCGCAAUACUGUGACGUCCACAGAGAGGGAAAAAAUUAAGAAUAAGACUGUAAAAUCCAAGAGAUGCGUGCCGGUGUUAAUCGCUGCGGUGCGCGCGUGUGACGUCGUCGCCGGCCCGAGUGACGUCGUGCUUGGCCACCCCCUCCCUCCAACCCCUCCGCCCGCGCCCCCGCGGCUGCAGCGCGACGCCCGGGCGCCUGGCCCUCGCGCGCUGGCGGAGGCGGCGGCACAUGCGCUGCACAGUUCCUGCGCGGUUUUGCCAUUCCCCAGUGCGCAAUCCCGUUGCAAGGCGUGUUUGUCGCCGGAGUGUUGGCACAUGUUCGCUCUCCGAAGAGCCAGCCGAGUGAGAAGCGAGGUUCGCUUGUUUCCGCGGCCGUUAUCAAGAGCCCAGCCCAACCCAACCCAACCAGCCCAGGCCGCCACCUCCGCCGCUGGUUUUGUGUACCAGAUGGCUAUCGCGCGGGGGAGUGUUUCCGGUGGCCUCGGCCGCUUCCGGCGCUCGCGGAAUGCACGCCGCUCGCCGCUCAUUUGUUUUUCUAUCCGGCGGCGGCGGCGGCGUCGCGGCGGCGAUGCCCACGGCCGGCGCUCGGUUUUCGCCAACGGGAAGCAGACGCCGCCGCCGCCCCAGGUGGCGCGUCCGGCGCGCAUUCGCGGAAUGCGGCGUCAAGGGCACUGGGCAGCGGAAGACUAUUUAUUACACUGCAUCACUUUCAGGGGCGUGUCCUUCGUGUAUGAAAGUCACCUCUGGCUGAGACGCGCAAUGCUCUCCUGCGCGUGCGUUAAAAGUUAUAUUGGACAGCGACGCACUCUCGACUGUUAUCCGGUAAACAUGCUGCAAUCCCUCUCCCCUACCCUCAUAACACAUGGUGUCGCCACGCGUUCGGUGUUGGUGGCAGGUGAUGAUUUUCGAGCUUUGAUACGCCUCACGCAUAGCGCGCCAAUCGCGCGGCAUCAGGCCGUUGUGUUUCCUCGAGAAGUCACGCCGGAGAAACUCAAUCUAAUAUUUCAUUGGUACGAUUGUGUUCGCGAAGUGACACCGUUCUUCAGCGCCGACGGUAUCUCCUCGUAUCACGGUCAACGGCAGCGUCGUUCAGGUGGCGUAGGCGGCGACGAUGGCUGGCGGUGGGGGCGGGGCCGAAGUUCGUAUUUCGUAAGCGGCGGCGGCCCUGAGCCACCGCGCGCGCGCCUUAUGCAAUCGCUGUGUGACCAUCCGCGCGCUGCUCGCUCCGUGCUCCACAUGCUGCCCCUGCACCUGCGCGAAGUGGAAUUGUUUUCUUCAGAAAUUGUCAUGUUGGCCAAGUCACUUGUUCGAACGACGUACAUAUAUGUUCGUAGAAGAUCGAGCAAAAUAACGCGCUGGACUGCAGAUGAAUACUAUAAGGUAAGAUGUUUGUCUUUUCACAACUAUGCCAGAAAUCGAGACUUUGACUGUCAAGUACUAAUUGGGCUUGUGAGCGCACCAAGAGCUCAGCAGGCCAUUAACAGUUGCAGUGAACUUAUAUUUCGCUACAAUUCUGCUCAGUGUCCGUCUGUCUCAAUCGACCAACACCUCUUCCAUUCCCGUUGCUGUUUAUUCGACGGGACGUUAUAUAUGCGCAUAAUUGAGUUAAUGCAGAAGUUCAUGCGAACAUUCACAGGGAAGUGCAUUUACGCGCCCGAACUAUCAGUCAACCAGACCGAAUCUCGCCAUCCAGCGGGAGUAGUCAUCGCUCCGCCUCCCGCGAUAAAGUGUGCACUACAUUUAAGGACUGUGACGCUGAGGUUGACGCGCGCGGAAAGCCCCGAUGUGCUUGGCGGCGAGCGAAGGCUGUAG